AUCAUAAGAUCUUCAGAAUAUAAAAACAGAACUACAAGAAUUAUCAUAACAUCAAGAACCACAAUUUCUUGAAGUACGAAAUUUAGUGACAGUGGACCAUCAUCGGCAUAUAGAUUUUUCCCUUAAUCAUCUAGUGAAUCGAACUUAUUAACUGUCAGCACUUGGACUUUGCCUCUGAUCUAGUGAAUCGAACUUAAUAACAACGGACUUCAUAAUAAUUAUUAUUAUAUAUAUAACUCCAGGAAAUUGGAGCUAACAGACAUAUAUACCAUUUAUUUACAUCCAUAGAUUAAUUGACUAAUUAAUAGCAAAAAAGUAUAUCAAAAUGAAGAAUCUAUCUUAUACUGAAGUAGUUACUACACCUAAUUAUUCGUAUGUUUUUAACUUCGAAAAAAAUUUCGUUCAUAUGGAAAACAGAACAUGGAUACAAAAUAACUUGACAAAUAGUUAUUAUUAUUGUAUUAUUUACGUUAUCGUAAUCUUUAGUGGAAAAUAUUACAUGUCAAAGAGAUCAAGAUUUAAUCUCAGAGGGCCACUUAUACUAUGGAGUUCAUUACUUUCAUUAUUCUCUAUUAUUGGAAUAUUUAGAACAUUACCAGAAAUGAUUCAUACAUUAACGCAUCACGGUUUUUAUCAUAGUGUUUGUAUACCUAGCUUUAUUGAACAGGAUGUGGUAUGUGGUUUUUGGUCAUGGAUGUUUGCUCUAUCCAAACUUCUGGAAUUUGGCGACACAAUGUUUAUAAUAUUACGAAAGCAAAAAUUAAUUUUUCUACAUUGGUACCAUCAUAUAACAGUUCUUCUUUACUCUUGGUUCUCAUAUUCAGAACAUGCUGCAUCUGCGAGAUGGUUUAUGGUGUUAAAUUAUUUUGUGCAUUCCAUAAUGUAUAGUUAUUAUGCUCUGAAAGCAAUGAGAUACAAAAUACCAAAAUUCAUUUCAAUAUUAAUUACAAUUCUACAGAUAGUACAAAUGAUUAUAGGUUGCAUUAUAAAUAUUGUGGUUUAUCAAUAUUUGAAAAACGAGAAAGAAUGUAACGUCUCGCAUAAAAACAUUAUAUUUGGUUUGUUUAUAUACUUUACCUAUUUUAUUCUCUUUUGUAAAUUCUUUUACGAAUCUUAUAUUAAUAAGAACAAUAAAUUUAAAGAGAAAAUUACAAAAAAAGAAAAAGAGAAUCAUAACAAGUUCAAAACUAAUUAAAAAUACAAGAAACAUAUCAAAUUUUGUAGAAAUUAUUUUAUCAUUUCUCGAUAUCGAUUUAAAAAUUUUUUAAUAAUGAAAUUACAUUUGUAGAAAUAAUUUUUGAAAUUUUAUUUAAAAAUUUUUAUUAAUCAAAAAAAUUAACUAGUAAAAUUGAUGAAAUGGAAUUACAAAAUAGAAUGAUAAUAUUUGAAAUUUUGCAAUUAUAUAAAUAGUAUAAUAUUUUAUGAUAAAAUUUUAUAAUAUUAAAUAUAUUAAUACUAUUUAUUGUCUUAAUUAAACUUAUAUUUAUUAAUAAUAAAUUAUUAUUAAUAUAUCUAAUAAUAACUUAUUUAAUAACUUCAUCGUUUUUUUUAGAUAAUUAUUAUUAAUUAAUUAUUAUAUAAUUCUAUCAAUUUAUUUAACGUAAAAAUUAUUAUAAAAAAACAACGAAUUUAUAAGGAACUUUUCAUCACUAUAUAAUUUAUAAACAAUUUUUAAACAAUAUUUGUCAGCAAUAUAGUUGUUUUAUUUAAAAUAAAGAAGCAAACAAAAAAACAAAUAAUUAUUUCAAAUUAAUUUGAAAUAAAGAUAUCUUUAAAACUAUUCAAGAUAUAAAUUGUUUUCACAUGAUUCAUUAUUUACUAAGUUUGAUUAUUUUAAAUAAUAACAGAAAACAAAAAUUAAAUAAUAAAGUUUCAUCUAUAUGCAUCUCUUCUAUAUCAAAUCGAUUGUAUAUUAUGUCUGGAAAUUUGUUAAGUGAAAAUAAAAUCGUAUACAAUGCAAAAAAAAAACGAGGAAGAUGGAACAAUACGCGGAAGUAAAUCAAAAAAAUCAAUUUCUGUAGAAAUAUUUUCAUAUACUUUUACCGACUGCAUUAUUUUCUUUAAAACAAAUCGAAAUAAAUAUAAAAAUGAAUUUAUAUGCUCUGUAAAUAGAAAAAAAUGUUUUCAAAUUUUAUGAUAAAAUAUCAAAUAAUAUUUCAAACAAAUAUUUCUUCUGACUAUCAUAGGGAGAUUCAUUUUUAAACGAAAAUAUAGAUAAAUUAAUCAAAAACGCAAAUCAGCAUUUCUAUUUAUAGAUCUUCUAGAAAGAUUCUUCUAGAAAGAAUCUAUAAUUAAAAAUAUAAUUUAAAAAAAUCAUAAUUAUUAUAUGAUAUACUUAUAAUCAUUAUUAGUUUAUUAUAUAUGUAUAUUAUAAAAAUGUAAGACACUUUUUGGGUUUUAGACAUGAAAAUAAUGAAAAAAAUUCAUAUAUACAUAUGCUCAAUUAGAUUUAACUAACGAAUUAUAAGUAUUUUAAAUUCUUAGAUGAAAUAAUACGGUGGAAGAACGAAAAAGUAUUGUAUCAUAAAGUCAUUUUUGUAAUAAAACCUUUCAACAAAAUAUAAA